UGAUCGCAUGUCGCGCAUCUCGAGAAACUAAAUAGAUUACGUGAUUAACCUUACGUAGUUAUCUCGAGAUCCGCAACUUUAUCGACAAGUUAAUGGGUGCGAUGCAAUGCAAUGUAUGUAUGGUGUAUGGACUGUUCCUCAAAUACUUUACAGCUGGCCAUCCAUCAAGCAUUAUCGAUGACCCUAAUCAUCCUCUGACUACUACAGACCUUGAGAUAUACUAAAAGCUAAAAGCCUCCUAUGUCUCCACAUAAAGCGGAGUGCAAGAUUUCAACCCAGGUCACUUGAUACUGUACAGAUUAUCAUUAUCAUUGAGCCCCAUCGGUACAUCAUCAAUUCUAUCAUGACAUAACCACCCAGUCAAAAAUAUUCAUCGCAAGCUAUAAGACGACGAGUAUUACCAUUAUCGAACCUUCAUCGAUAGGGUCGGUUUGAUCACAGUUUCACAGUCAGCGACUGUGGGUUCAUUCCCUUUGAAAAAAAAUAUUUAAAUUCUUACUCUACUCAUCACUGCAUGAUGACACGUGAAAAGAGCUUGUCUGGCUUCGAUGGGGAGAGAAUUCACACUUCUACCGCUUCCGAGAACAACAUUUCGACUUCAAUUCCUAUUCGAGUAAUUACUCAUAACAUUCGUUAUGCAACUGAAUCUCCGUUUAAAGGAGAGGAGCUUUGGUCAAUCCGAUGUCCUCGACUAUGCUCCGAACUCAUAUUUAAUUCCACUGUACCUGAGACUUUUAUCUGCCUCCAAGAAGUUCUCCACUCUCAGCUUGUCGAUAUUCACGAUGCUUUGAAUGAAGGUCCUGGGUAUAAGUGGUCGCGCCUUGGGGUUGGAAGAGAUGACGGCAAACAAGCUGGAGAAUACUCUCCUAUUUUCUAUCGUCCCGCGGUGUGGGACCUUGUUCUGUACAAAACAUAUUGGCUCAGUGAAACUCCAGACAAGCCCUCCUUCGGAUGGGAUGCUGGAUGUAUUAGACUGGUUACACUAGGUAUAUUUAGGCAUCGGUCGACGAACGAAAUUGCAGUUGUCAUGAGUACUCAUUUGGAUAACUCCGGUCCAAUAUCUCGACAAAAGAGUGCAGAAUUGAUUUUGGAGAAGGUCAAUCAUUACAAAAAUGCUUAUGCACCCGCUGCACUUCUUCUUGCUGGAGAUUUCAAUAGUCCUCCAGAUGAUGAAGCCUAUAAGACGAUGACGUCCUCCACUUCGGCCAUGAGAGACAUUCGAGAUCUCGUUCCCGAGAAAAAACGAUAUGGAAAUGAGAUGACUUUCACAUCCUUUGGAUACGUGGACAACACGCCAACUCGGAUCGAUUUUAUUUUCUCCGCCAAAGAUACAAUGGUCAAAUACGAAACCUAUGCAGUGCUGAGCAAUCGUUAUGAUGAUGGGGUGUAUCUUUCCGAUCAUAGAGCUGUUGUAGCUGACAUUCAGGUAUCUUCAACUCGAGCACGCGAGUAAAGUCGUGAUUAUGCUUCAGGUACUUGUCUUAUUGGAGUCAUCAUUCAAUUCGGGCUAAUUGACGUAUCGAGAGACUCAUCGUCAAAACCAGUCAUCUUCUAGGCAUCUAGGUAUUUCAGUUGUUGCCUAUAACACCUUGUUUCAUGCUACUGUGUCUACACGAAGCCAAAAUAAAGGAGGCAGCUUUCCUUGAAAUUCUAGCCAAAAAAAAAUACUGUAAAGGUAGAACUGUACAUUGGGCAAUGUUAAUUGUCCCAUCACCCUCGACGGACAUGGGCUUUUAUUUUUUAUUUUAUUUUUUCGUCUUUUUCGUAUCUUUUUUUGGGUUCAAGAAAUAACAGGAGAGAGCUAAAACUGCUAUUCGUCCCAAAGUGUCGUGGUAGAUCUAUUCAAGACUUUCGUCCAAUUCAAUCCAUCGAAGUUUCAAGAAGAAAUA